AGUCAUUGCUUAAAUGUUAUUCAAGUAUACUCUGUAGUAGUUCAUACCAGUAAAAAAAAAAAAUCUGAAAGAUGUUAAUCUUUGCCAACUUUUGGAUGGACUUUAUCAUACUGGUCACAGUAUUAUUCUCAAUUAUCUAUUACUAUUGUACUUCAACAUUCAAUGUAUGGAAAAAACUCAAUGUGCCUUACGUCCGUCCAAUUCCUUUGUUUGGCAACUACUUGAAAGUAGCACUGGGCAUAGAGAAUCCAAUGGAAACGUACAAGAACAUUUAUUACGAGCUAGCUGGAUUCCAGUACGGGGGUAUGUUUCAGAUGCGGACACCAUACUUAAUGAUCCGCGAUCCUGAAAUCGUCAACAACAUACUGAUUAAGGACUUUUCGUAUUUUACCGAUCGUGGUAUUCACGUAGAUUUUAAAGCCGAACCCCUGUCAGAAGUACUGUUUCUAAUGGAAAACCCUCGAUGGAAAAAACUUAGAAGUAAAUUGAGCCCAGCGUUCACAUCGGGAAAACUUAAACAGAUGUAUAGUCAAAUUGAAAAGUGUGGCCAAGAUAUGAUAAUUAAUAUUUUUGCUGAGCUAAAGAAAAAUCCCAAUGAAAUUGAUAUACGAGAUAUUUUGGCAAAAUAUUCAAUAGAUGUUAUCGGUAGUUGUGCUUUUGGACUGGCGUUAAAUGUAGCAAGCGAUGAUACUUCAUUAUUUCGUAGCUAUGGAAAAACCGCAUUCGGACCAUCUAUAUUUUAUUUUAUAAGAGAGAUAUGUGUGAUGAUUUCACCGGCUAUUCUGAUUGUAAGACUUCCUUUUUUCCCAAAUAAAAACACUGCGUUUUUCGGAUCAGAAACACUCAGAAAAUAUCCUCUACUGUUUGCUCUGUUCAGAGUAGCUACAAAAACCUAUCGUGUACCAAACGAUUCAUUAAUAAUUGAGAAGGGGCAGAAAAUUAUAAUUCCCACUUUUUCACUACAUUUUGAUCCUAGAUAUUUUAGUGAUCCCGAAGUAUUCAAUCCUGAAAGAUUUUCCACCAAAGAAAAGGCAAUGCGACCUAAUGGCGUGUAUCUUCCAUUUGGCGAUGGACCCAGGCUUUGUAUUGGAAAACGUUUUGCUGAGAUGGAAAUGAAAUUAGCUUUAGUUGAAAUUUUAUCCAAAUUCGAAGUGGAACCGUGUGAGAAGACCGAGAUCCCUAUACAGUUUAGUAAAUUAUCCGUGGUAGUGAUUCCGAAAGAUGAAAAAAUUUUGUUAAAACUAAAUCCACUCUCUGAAUAAUUAUUCAAUUACUAAAUAGUAUACGAUUUGAUAAAUGUAUAAUUAAAGUAAUUUAAAUAUUAAAUUAUUAACAAGUGUUAUGUAAACAAGUCUAAAUUAAAUACCUUCAUUAAAUGUAAUUAACUCCACUCUCUGAAUAAUUAUUCAAUCACUAGAUAGUUUACAAUUUGAUAAAUGUAUAAUUAACGUAAUUUAAAUAUUAAACUAUUAACAAGUGUUAUGUAAACAAGUCUACAUUAAACAAUGUAAUUAAACUGCAACUCAAUAAAUUGACUAUUAAAUACAAA